AUGAAUAUACGAACAACCAAGCCCCAUUUGACAAAAGAUACAAUUAUUCACCAGCAUGAUUUAUUGAUGCAGGCUAUAUCUAAACAACGAAUCUCGUUGAGAGAUAAAGACAACUUGUUAAGUCGUUUAGAAGAAAUUUCAAAUGAUAUUACUGCUAACCGUCAUCCUGCCGGAGAUAAAUUACAAGACUGGGAGAAUCAAUUGAUGGCGAUUCAAGAUGAUCUUCAAAAUGCUCUAGUGAACUACGUACCUCAUGGAAGAAGAUCUUGGUUUCGUCGGGAAUUGCAUGAUAUCAUAUCGAAAAUAUAUUCGUAUGGACUCAAACAUUUAAUUACAGUUCUAGCUAUUAUAAUCUUGCUGGGAAUCGUUUUGAUAUUUCUAUGGCAUUUGCUUGUUUUCUUGUCAUGUAACUAUAUACCAUUCGCAGGUGCCAUACUUCCAUUUUGCAAAGCAGAAGUUCUGACAAAAACACCGGAAUCAUCACCACCAAAUCUGGAAAACCCUACAAUAAAAAUACCUUCAGUUUCGGCAUUUGUUGAGAAAACAACUGAUUUAGCUGAGCGUUUGUCUAGUGUUGACGUCAACGCACCAACUAAACUAACUGAAGUGAAAAUAUCAUUAAUUGAUUUGAAAGCACGUGUCGUCUAUUCGAAUCUCGAACAGCCGACGAAACAAAUAAUCAAAGAAAAAAUUGUGGAACUGAGAACGUCAGUUGAGAGCACAACGGAUAGUAUACACAAAAUGUUAUCUGGCUUUGGUGGCACAUUAUCAAAAUUGGAAAUUUACACUAAAUAUGCAUUGACAUACAUUAAGGAUGAAUCAACAGCUUUAGCUACUUUGCAAUCAUCGUCCAGAAGUACAGAAUUGGUGGUACACGGUUUUGAAAGGAAGGUUCAGUCUCAAUUUCAAACUUAUUUGGAACAUAUUGACAACCAAAUUAACCGUGUCAUACAAAUGGCAGAGGAUGUACACCGACAGCUACUCGAUAUCGAUACGAAAUAUGAAACGAUAGACGAUGUAUUAUCUGACAGUUAUGAAGCAUCGCAAAUCAUAAUAAAUGGCAUUGAUCAAGAAAUACGAAACGAAGGAUUACUCGCAAGGCUUUAUCGUAACACAUUGGGUAAUGGAGAAUUGGAUAAAGUAAAACAUCAACAGAACCUUGCAACAUUGAAAGAGUUCAAGCAGAUUGUAAAAGUGGGAAUUGUUGACGUCAACAACGUGCUUUUGAGAUUAAAACAAUUCAAAGCAGAAGCUGUGGAAUUGAAAUCAACCGUAACAGAAGUUGAACUUGCACAAACUAUGCCAUUCGAUACUCACUUAGAGAUAUUAAGAGGUGGUCUUACACGAUUGAACGAAUUAAAACAACGUCUAGAUGGUAGACUGAAGCAAAAACAAAUAGAUCGUGUCGAUAACGAUGAUUCUGAUGAUCGUCGUCACAAUGAUCUUUAA